UAGGAGGUGACUUUGUUUUGCUCAUCGUCUUAUCCGCAUGUAAAGCGUUGGGUGGAUCAUUUGUAAAAAUCCAGUGAGGCGGACGACAAAAUAAUGACCUCCAGCGGCACACGCCCGAUGAUUAAACAAGCGCUGCGCUGAUCAGCCACAGGAAGUCUGUUGUGUUGACAACGUCGUUCGGAGAGGAAAGAUGGCGGCGCUCACAGCCGCUGCUCCAGAAGAAGCAGAGCAAACAGCACAGACAGAAAACAACCAUUUACCACAGCCAGAAAACACCACCAGUCCAGACACAGAGACGAGUCCUGCACUUUCAGGGGACGUCCAGUCCAUUGUUGUGGAUUUCCUGGAGAAAGAAGUCGGCAGCGACCUAAAGUCCCUGAAGAAUGUUGGCCACUUGCUUCAAAAGCUGAAAGAAGAAAACAUCGCUUUGGAAGAACAGGUUCUGACCGUGUCCAACUCACUACCACCCAAAGUUUCUGCGGCCCUGUCGGCUGCUGAGGAGGCCAGAUGUUCCGUGGAGGAGCUGCUAAAGAGGGAGCGGCUCGUCUCCAACACGCUGCAACAGCACCUCCUGCAGGCCCAGCCUUGCAUGGACAGUCUCGGUCAGGUCCUGGACCAAGUGGACACCAUAGAGAGACACAUGAAGUACCUACGCUGCCUCCAACACAUAGAAGAACUCAGUGCUACAGUACAGCAGUGUCUGAUGACCAGCAGCGUGUGGGAGGCCAUCAGAGCAGUGGACACCAUGGCAGCUUUGGACGCUGGACUCCACCAGUCGGAGUGUUCUCACCUCAAGAACUUCCUGCGGGAAACGCUUCACUUCUGGCAUAAGAUCAUCAAGGCCCGGCUGACCAGUGACUUUGAAAAAGUGCUGACUCAGCUCCACUGGCCCAUUAUCUCCCCUCCAGCCCAGUCGCUGACCCCCACGGCCAACACCCAGGAGAUCAGCAGCCAGUUGGAGCUGGUGGUCACCCAGCUGCUGGCCCUGCAGACCUCCGAUGACCUCCUGUGUCAGAGGUCAGAGACCUCCCCUCAGUCUGCGUCUCCAGCUGCCCUCCUGUCUCCGGCCCCUCCCCUCUGCUUACCUGUCCAGAUUAUGCUGCUGCCGCUCAGUAAGAGGUUCAGGUAUCACUUCUACGGCAACCGUACGACCAACAACCCCGGCAAGCCAGAGUGGUACCUCACUCAGGCCCUGAUGUGGAUGGGAAACAGCACCACCUUCAUGGAGGAGAAGAUCCAGCCAAUCGUGGACCGAGCCGGGGCUAACAUCAGCACCAGGGUGGAACUGUGCCGAGGCCUUUUGUCUGUGGUGCAGGAGAAAGUGGCCGCCGACGCCUCCAGGCUGCUGUACGACGACGCACUUUUCUCCCACCUGGUGGAGGAGGUGCUGCAGUUCGAGAAGGAGCUGAGGAGCAGCCACUCGUACCCAGCAGGGCUGCCCGGUCUGCUGCACCUCCUGCUGGAGGACAGUGUCCUCCAGAAGUGGCUGACGGUGGAGAGAAAGAUGGCGGUGGAGAAGAUGGACGCCAUGUUGUCAGCAGAGGGAGCCUGGAGCUCUCAGUACAAGGACAUCAGUGACAUGGACGAGCUGAAGGCUCCAGACUGUGCUGAGACCUUCAUGACCCUGCUGCAGGUCAUCACUGAGCGAUAUCGUGCUCUGCCCUGUCCGUCUGCACAGCUGAAGUUCCUGGGACUACAGAAGGAACUGGUGGACGAUUUUCGUAUACGACUGACCCAGGUGAUGAAAGAGGAGUCUCGCAGUCCCCUCGGUGCACGUUACUGUGCCAUCCUCAACGCCGUCCACUACAUCUCCACCAUCCUGACCGACUGGGGGGACAACGUGUUUUUCCUGCAGCUGCAGCAGGCGCUGGUGUCUAUCGGAGACGAGACGGUGCUGGGAGACCUGGGGGUGAUGGAGGUGGGCCGCCUGGCCUCCCUGGAGGGCUCGCUGUUCGAAGGCUUGUUAGCGUUGCUGGAUCGGCUGAAGGGAGACAUGAUGGGCAGACAGCUGGAGUGGACCAUGAGGGACAUCACUGCCAAGGCCAAACCAUACUGUCAGGACAGGUGGCUGUCAGUGCCGUCCCAGCAGGACCUGUCCACCAUGUCCCUGUCCAGCUCCGCCUGUCCAAUGAUGCUGUGUGUGAGGGACAAACUCCUGAACCUGCACCAGGUCCUGAGUCUUUCCCUGUUCCAGCUGGCCUGGCAGGGCCUGGCAGACAGACUGGACCACUUCCUCUACCAGGAUGUCAUCCUGUCCAAUCAUUUCAGUGAAGGCGGAGCUUCACAGCUGCAGUUUGACAUGACCAGGAACCUGUUCCCUCUGUUUGGACACUACUGCAAAAGACCAGAGAACUUCUUCAAGCAUGUGAAGGAGUCCUGUAUCAUCCUGUGUCUCAACCUGGGCUCAGCUAUCCUGCUGAGGGACCUGCUGAGAGAGUCGGAGGAGGAGACCAGGGACUGGGUCGGCGCCGAUGUUCCCGCCGCCGUGUCUGCGCUCAAUGAAAUGGGCGUGUUCUGCCUGGCACCGUGUGACGUGUUAAUCCUCCUCCACCUCAGGGCGUCCUGGCCUGGACAGUGACCGUCCUAACUGUGUCUUUUGGGGACAUGCUGACGUGAAAAACAACAACUGACAUUUGUCUGAGAGUCAAUGUAAUAAACACACCUGGCCAAGAA